UUAAAGAGAAAAUGUUAUGUGGUAUUACCGUCUGGAGACAGUAAAAAAUAAAUAAUAAUAAUAAUAAUAAAUAAAAAAAGAUCUAAUAAAAAGCUGAAUUUUUUGGAAAAAAAAAUGUUAUGAUUAUUUCUUAAAAAAUAAACAGUGAAACUUUUUUUUUAAUAAGUACAAUUAUAUUUUACAAUAUAAUGUAUGUUUGAAAAACUUUUGCUCUCCAAAACUAAGUCAGGUGAUGCAACCAACAUGUAGGAAGCCAUUUUGUUGUUAAGUGACAAAAAACAAAAACCAAACAAAACACAGGGGACCUCUUCAGACCCUCAAGACUGUGUGAAAAAAAAAAAAAACAUUAUUUUGUUGUAUUGACACAUUAGUAAAUAACAAUAAUAAUAAACACCUUGAAAAAUAUGUCUGAUAAAUCUUUUUUUAAAUGAAUGAUUAAGUUGUGUACACUCUCAAGUAUUCAAGGUUCAAGGAAAAAUAUUUUAUACAUGACAUUUUUAGCAAUAAUAUUUAAAAAUGCUAUGAAUGUUUUCAAAUACUUGUGAAACCAACAUGGACAGAAAGAUUACAUUUAUACGAUCUUGACACGUGUUUUAAACUAGAUUUAAAAAAUAUUUUUCUCUUUUUGGCCAACGUUUUUCUUUUUAAUUUUUGUUAAAAAGAAAAAUGAUAUGGAAAAUACUGUCAUGACAUUUGUGGAGUAAAUCUUCAUCACAUAUCAAAUAAAAGUGCAUUGAAAUCAGUUAUAUGCAUACAUAAUUUUAAUGCACAAUACAUGCAUUUUAAUGUGUUUCUCAAUGUUCACAUGUAAAAAAAAAAAAAAAGAAAAAAAAAGUGAUUUCAUACAAUUAUUGUACAACGGCAACCGAAUGAAAUGCAGCAGGCCUGUGGAGGAUGUUUAGAUGGGGGGAGGUUGACGAAAUGCAGUGGCGUAACGCCUCUCUCUGUAGCAGCCACACUCGCCUACAGGGAGAAUGGGAGUGAGAAAGAGAGAGAAGGGGAGGGAGGAGGAACUUGAAGGAAAAAAGUUCAAAUAAAAAUGGCUUCCUUGUCUUUGGAGUCCACAGAACAAACUGAAAAUGGCCCAAAGGCGUCCACGCAAGAUGAAGCCAAAGUCAAAGAAGAGACGGAUCCGGACGAAGUUUCGGAACAACUGCUUCAAAGCUUCCAGAACUCGGCGCUCAGUUUUUCCACCGAUCAAGUCGCGUGUCUGUGCGAGGCGCUCCUGCAAGCAGGCAAUGUGGAUCGCCUGUGGAGAUUCCUCUCCACCAUCCCUCCUUCAGCCGAUCUGCUACGUGGCAACGAGACCCUGCUCAAGGCCCAGGCUUUGGUCGCUUUUCACCGGGAGGAAUUCAAAGAGUUGUACGCCAUCCUGGACAGUCACGACUUCCACCCGAGUAACCAUGGGUUCCUGCAAGACCUAUACUUGAAGGCGCGCUACAAGGAGGCUGAGAGAUCCCGGGGUCGCAGUCUGGGCGCCGUGGACAAAUAUCGACUCCGCAAAAAGUUUCCUUUGCCAAAAACCAUUUGGGAUGGAGAGGAGACGGUGUACUGCUUCAAGGAGAAGUCGCGCACCGCUCUGAAGGAUUGUUACAAGAUCAACAGGUAUCCCACUCCGGAAGAGAAGAAGAAUUUAGCCAAAGUCACCGGACUUUCUUUGACUCAAGUGAGCAACUGGUUCAAGAAUCGCCGACAGAGGGACCGGACGCCGUCCGGUACAAACAGCAAAAGUGAAUCUGAUGGGAACCACAGCACAGAGGAUGAAGCCAGCAAGGGAGACCUGGAGGAUAUUACUGACAAACCUGCUGCUCAAGAGACAAGCAGCUCUAAUGCUUCUCUUAUGUCUCUCACUGGUGCUCCUUGCAAUACUAGUGGUCAGCUUAUUCUCAACAGCACAGGGGGAUUCCUCACAAGCUCUCAUCCACUGCUGCUCAAUGGGAGCCCUAUACUCUCAGGGGCAGGGACUGGGGUCAUUAUUAAUGGUUUGACACUAAGUGAUGGCCACACAGUCACUCUAAGUCCUGUUACAGCUAAUGCACCAUUGCUACUAAAUAGGGCACAAGUGAUCUCCAAAGAGGAGCGUGGUGUCAAAGAUACGGAGGCCCAAGGCAGUCUGCCCACUGUGGUGCUGAAUCCACAAGCCAGUCUAUCUAGUACAAUACCUCACUAUGCAAUACCAUCUCUUAGUGAGGAAGCAAAAACAGCCAGCAGCAAUGUCUCUCCGCUGGAUUUUAUCAGUCUUCCAGAGGCCUUGAAGAAUCCAGAUAGUACUCAGUCAGUGCUUACGAACUCUAUGUCCACUUCCACCAUCUCCACUUCUGUCAUCUCUCCCACAUCUCUUCCUUCAGUAGCAUUGGCUCAAAGUAGUGUUCCUGCAUUAACAGCAGGCUCUGCGAGUUCAGUCAUCUCCAGUCCAUUGGUGCCACUACAGCCAACGCAGCCAUCAGAGAUUGUUGUAGUAGCAAAGGCUGAGCCUCAGCCACCUGCCAGCAGCUUCAUCUCAAGCCCUCAGGUGCUCUCAUUACCCCAGGUGGUACCAUCUAUACAGGGUAUUCCAGUGUCUCAAUUUAUGCAGAAUCCAUCUGGGGCUACAAUGUCAUCCUGCCCCCAGCUUGUUCCAGUCUCCCCUGUCAAUCCACAUUUACCGCAAGACUCCAUUCCUCAGUUUCAGACACAGGCCUUGCACAGUGGUCCCAGACUUGCUCAAGCCCAGCCACAAAAUGUAGCCACCGUACUAAGCACAAAUACUGCUUUAUCUCUGCCCCAGAUGGCUGAUGGGCAAGUUUCCCAAGGGCUUACAACUCAGUUUGGAGAUGAAUCUACUUCAGCUACCAUCCCACAAAUACAGACCUCCAUGGGUACACAAGUCUUUCCCAUCUCCUCACCAACUCAAGUUGUGCCCAUUUCCCAUCCCAAAGACACAAGCCAGCCUCAGCUGGUCCCUCUGUCACUGCCUCAACUUAUGCCUGUAUCAUCCAUUGCAGGAACUCCCACUGGAACCUUCUCUUUCCCUCAGGUGGUCCCAGCAGCACCAUCAUUCUCCAUCCCAACCCCUGGUGGUGCUUUCCAGAUUCUAACACCUAUGUCUGGAACAGCAUUGAGUGUUGCACAGGGACCGAUAUGCCUAAGCCCAGUAGGUCCUCCACAGAGUGUCCCUACUGCUUCCAUCCCAGGUGUUCAGCUUCUUAAUUCUGGGCUGAUUCAACUGCCUUCUGCGUCUCCAGGCAACAUCCUCUUAGCAGGUGGUAUAGGGGGCAGCCCCAUCCUAAGUGUUCAGAAUGGCAAACUCAUCCUCACUAUCCCAGCCGGCAUCCAGUUCACCAGCAUGCCUGUCAAGUCUGUCCCAGAAAAUUCAGUCUUAAGCAACAGCACCCUUGAUCAAACCUCAGCUGUUCCUCUGUUUGAGAAUCAACCAGCAGCUUCACUCACUACUCAAACCUCAAAUUCACUACAAUCAUCUCCUUUGGGGUUUGUUGGCUCCUCUACACUUUACUGCAGCCCUGAGGCUGGGACCAUUGCCAACCCAACCCCAGGAGCCUCUCCGAACACCCCAGACUCUUCCAGCACUCCCACUCCUACAGGCAUCCUACAAUCUCAGCAGACUCUCAACCCUGACAGCAUGUUGCCCCUCAGUCCAAUCUGUAGUGGUGUGGCAACUGGCCCCCAUCUCUCCCAGCCAGUCUGGAGCCCUGUCCCACUGUCCUCCUCUUCUAGCCUGACAUUAUUUGAUGUGCGUGGGAAGGGUGAUCUUCAAGAGGACCCCACUUUGUUGGGCCUGCCAGGUGGAGAGUCCCUCCUGUUGGGCACUUCUCCUCCAAGUGAGGACGUUGAGAGAGAUUCUCAACUGGACGAGGUGGACGAAAUGGAUGGGAACUCGAAAAUUCUUACACAACUGCAGUCUGUCCCUGUGGAUGAUGAGUUGGGUUUGUAAUUACCUGUCAUUGUUGAUGGCCUGCAAGAUACAGUGUUAAAUCUCAGCCGACAGUAGUUAUAAUCAACCAAACCAUGACCUAGUAGUGUGAGGAUCUAUGAUUUAUGACUUUAGAGGUUUGAGUCUUUCCUUACUCCACCUUAUCUAGGUUGAGGUUUAAUUAGUGGAAGUAUUCAGCUUGAUAACCCAAGUUGUUGAAAGGAACUUCCUAGAUUUUGUUGAAAUAAUUUUAUUUCAUGUACUUUGAAUUCGGUUGUGAAAACAGAAUUCAACAAGGGGUUUCAACAUAGAGGUUUCAAUAUCAGUGCUGGGACAAGGCACUGUCAGGGUUAGUUACAGUGGACAUUGUAUAACCGAUAUUCACCUCCAGGAAAAUGAAAUCUCAAUAUGUAUCUAUAUGUUAGUUCUGAAUUUGCUGAAAUGCAGAUCUUGAGGUAUGUUACAAGGCCCUAUAUGAGUGGUAAUAAGGCACUAAUAUGUAUGUCAAAGGCAAUCAAGAUUGUUUUAUUUGAGAGUAAAGGGUGUGAGACUUUUUCCUUUGUGCCUUAGUUAUUUUUUGUUACUUAACACUUUAUAGACUAAGCAAUUAUGAACAGUACUUUUUUUUUCUUUUAAGUAUAAUACAUUUAUAUUAGGUUUUCCAUUCUAGAGACAAUAGAUUGGAGGUACAUGCAUGUUUUAUGCUGAUAGCAGUACUGACCUCUUGUAAUGAAAUGGGUCCCACUACAAACCUAAGUAUCUAAGAUCAAACUGUGUCUGAACACAAAAAGUUUUUUAAUCAAACAUCUAUUUGUUUAAAUGGUCAUAAAGAUACCCGGGUGCACUAACAGCAACCUGCGCUGGCACUAAGGACAAUAAAGAAAUACGCAAAAACAGUUAAAUAAACCCCCUGGGCGUAAAAUGAGACACUGUAAAGUAAUGCAAAAGACUUGGCUGACAAAAUGAAGCAACCCAUCAUGUGCCUGCCAACUGCAUUGGAUAUACAACAUCAUUACUGCUAAGUUAAUAUUUUUGUGUGUUUUCUUUUUUGAAUUGGUUUAAGUAACUGUUAAAUGUGAGAUGGUUAUGCAGAUGUAUGCAGUGCACCGUAAGAGAAGCUUGGAUUUGAACAUCACACUUUUGAACACUCAAAAGUUAUUUAAUAUGGACAAUUUCUUGCAGACUAAAUACUGAAUCAUGAUGGUGCACGAGGCUGACUAUAAAAAUUCAGUCUGAACUUUAGAUUCUGGUUUGACAUAGACAGAUAAAACACUGUGGUCUCUCAAGCAUUCCAGCUCAUCACUAAAACUGAAACUGUGUAAACCUAAUAGCUCUAGUGUUCUGUUUGAAGGGAAUUGAAGUACUGCUAUUGUUUAAAUAUUUCUCUAUGCAACAAUGGUUCCACAUGAUAACUGACCCAUGGUUAUAUAACACUUAACUCUUAAGAUGUGCCUCCUUUUUUGUUUAAUGUUGAAAACAACCAUUCGUUACACUAUAAAUCCACCAUGUACAUAUACAGUGAAAUGUUUUGUUUUGCUCUUAUCCUGUUUUUUUACUUUUGUCUUUUGAAAUAUUUUAUUUGUAGAAUUUUCAUAUAGCUAAAAAAAUGUCUGUCUUUUUUACUCAAUUCUAAUCAAGUGGAAAUAUGUCUUAGUGACUAAACUCGAAAUACGACUGAUGACUUUUUUCCAUGCAAGAUUUUGAAUGACAAACUGGUGUGACCACAAGCAGAGUGUGUUUGCCUUGAUUCUGGUCAUUUUCACCACCAGACUGAUUUCCUCAAUAGAGAGCACAGCUCUGUAUAUUUUGCACAUUUCAUCAUUUUAUUCAUGAAGCAUACAUUUUUUCUCUGUCCCCAAAUUCAGUGCUAUAUUGUCCAAGAGUUAAACCAUUCAUUUGUAGGUUUUUGUAUCAUAACGGCAUAUUAGAACUAUAAGCCUUUGGCAUCUAUCCUUGGUGCACAAAGGAGUCUCCCUGGUAUAACUCUUACCUUAUAUAUAUACCCUUUUUCUUUAUAUUUAAUGCAUGUGUCAGUCAUUUUGGGGUCAUUCUCUGAUGGACUUUUAAAAAAAAAAAUUUUAUUCAAGCUUAGAUUUACACUCCAUUUCAUGACAAGUUUUUGCUUUGUGUAGCAUCUAAAACUAAUUUCUGUGUUUCAUUAAUGAUUUCAUGAAAGAGUUUGUAUUUUACACAUUUAUGCUGCAUAGGACUUUUAGCAUUGACUUGCCAAAGUUUGUUUCUUUCAAGCACCUGGACAAUGUUUUGAACUUUUUGGAAAGUAAGGGAGAGUGUGUGUGUGUGUCUGACUGAGUAUUGCUAUUAAUCUUUGAGACUGUAAUGGUUCCUAUGUUAAUGCACAGGUAUUUUAGUCUGUAGUUAUCUUUGUUUGUUCUGUUCACUUAUUUUCUUUGUUUCUUAAUUUUCUCUCAUGUAUACACAGAAAAAUAUGCAGCUGAUCAAACCAAAGAUUUUUUGUAUCAUAUUAUGUACUGUAGUAAAGGGAGUUUUUUACCUUUUGUAAAACCACAUCUCUUUUCAUAGAGGUGUGUCUUGUAUUUCUUAUAGUUGUUUUAUUUUUUUUAUAUUCCAUUUUAUUGUGACUUGUAAUAAACCACAUAUAUAAUGCUAUCUGAUUGCUCUUUCUAUGAAAUGAACCUACAGUUACAGGUUUUUUGGCUCACUGUUACUGAAACGCCUCUUUCUCAGUGCAACAAAAAUGGGAGGAUCACAUUUUUCUCAGGUCCUUCAGAGACAAACCACCCGUGGUUCUCCUCCACGGCAUUACAUAUAUAUAUUUCUCUGCAAUGUCAUCACUAACCAGAUCUUCUAACAAAUGCUGGCACCACAAUUUGAUAAGGAAAUAAUAUAGGCAUUCAUGUUUAAAUAUUCUCCUUUGUGCACCUGAACUCUUGCCUAGGUAAAUUAUACAAACACAAACAGCACUUAGGUUAAGAGGUUUGUGUGUGUUGAUUCAGUGUUUUUUUUUUACCCCUAUGCCAGGGGUGUCAAACUCAGUUCCUGGAGGGCUGCAGCCCUGCUCCAAAAUGCCUCCUCGUAAUCUUCAAGCACUCCCGAAGACCUUGAUUAGCUGCUUCAGGUGUGUUUAAUUAGGGUUGGAGCUAAACUCUGCUGGACUGUGGCCCUCCAGGAACUGAGUUUGACACCCCUGCCCUAUGCUCUCAGGUUACCUGCAUGUAUCAAAUUGUCUGGGUGAGUCUUUGUGGCUAGAGAAGGUAAAACCUGUUAAAACAAAAAAGCUGAUGCAUUCAUCUGCUGCCCUUAUUGGCUAACACACCACUGAAGAACAUAAAGGACCAUUGAGAGAUCAGUCUCCCCUUGAGACUUUCUACAUUGCACUCGCAUCCUAACAGUAGAUACAGUAGAUGUUGUGAAUAGUCUUUCAAAAGUGUAAAAUAAACGGCACAUUUCUUCAUCUAAUAUUGUGGGUAGAGGAGAACAUUCAUCUGCACUUCAGCAGCCCUCCUGCAAACUUAAAUCUAUGGGGGAAAGAGCUUUCUCUUUCAGAGGCCCUAAGCUAUGGAAUGCUCUUCCUUUUACUAUUAAAAACGCCCCAACCUUGGAUUGUUUUAAGAAGUUACUUAAGACUAAUUUAUUUAAGGUAGUCUUUUAAUAUUUAUUAAUAUUAGAUUUAUGUGUGGUUGCUGCUGUUAGUCAUUUUGUGUUUAGUCUUUUCUUAAGUUGUUGAUAUGGUGGUUGCUGUUGUAUGUUAUGCGUUUAUUCAAUCUUGUAGCACUUUGAGUGUAAGAAAAGUGCAUUAUAAAUAAAAGGUAUUAUUAUUAUUAUUAUCUGACUGUUCUGAGGAGGUUAUAAUUAUUGGCUUUUUAACAGGCUUUGCCUUAACUGGAUCCAGUUAUCCCCUGGAUCCCUUCAAUGGACUCUCGAAACCUGGGACAUUUUCCAACUUGUCUUACAGACCAAAUCCUCAACAUCCCUUUUUGGACAUUCCACUAU